AUGAAUUUUGAUAAGAAAGCACAAGUACCCGAUGAUAACGUAAUUGAAAAAAGAUCUUGUUCCCCAGACGCUGUGGAAUAUCGCAAGUCUAGAAGAUCUUGGUCUGUUAAGUCGUUAUUAGGUAUGAGCAAAACAAAAAUAAGUGAAGAUAUGGAUACAAAGGGCAAAGUCCAACAAACUUUCCGUAGAAUAUUGUACAAUGAAGGCAUUGAUGAUAGAAUAGCUUCUAAUUUUCCGAUGAUAAUUCAUCGACAUCCUUCGCCUGAACGUAUAGAAAAGAAAUCUAGCAGAUAUUUAGUCACAGACGGUCUUAUUCCAUGUGAUCACAGAAGAAAAUCUAGAUACCACUACCAUUGUCAAGAGGAAUUAAAUAAAAAGUGUUAUAAACUUGACAAUAAUUUUAAAUAUAAAGCCUGUGCAGAAUACCACAAAGAUCCCAGAAAAAGUUACCAGAGAGAAUGCCGCUAG